GUCAGCCCUGGCCACUAUGAGAUAUUACUCCAGCACUGCAAGACCCACCCUUGGCACCUGACCAAGCUGAAGCCACAUAAAACUAGGCUUAGCUUCAGCUCUCAGUCAUACACCUUCCUGACAACAUGAAGACCAGAAGCUUCUUGGUCCAGGUUGUGGUCCUUCUCGUCCUUGGGACACUGGUGGCAGAGGCAGCUAUUGUAAGAGGUCGUCCAAAAGGUCAAGGCAGUAAGAAAGGAAAUGUUUUAGGCAAUGGAAAGGGUCCAAUCAAUGGUCAACAUCCUGUCAAAAGACCAGAUCCAGUGAAAGGUCAAGGUCCAGUGAAAGGUAAAGGUCCAGUCAAAAGUCAAGGUCCAGUGAAAGGUCAAGGUCCAGUCAAAAGUCAGGGUCCAGUGAAAGGUCAAGGUCCCGUGAAAGGUCAAGGUCCAGUGAAAUGUCAAGGUCCAGUGAAAUGUCAAGGUCCAGUGAAAAGUCAACGUCCAGUGAAACGUCAAGGUCCAGUCAGAGGACAAGAUCCAGUCAAAGUACAAGAACCAGUCAAAGGACAAGAUCCAGUCAAAGUUCAAGAUCCAGUCAAAGGACAAGACCGAGUAGGAGGUCCAUUCCUCACUAAGCGUGGCUCCUGCCCCAGGGUCCUGAUCCGGUGCCUCAUGAUGAAUCCCCCUAACAAGUGUCUGAGAGAUGCUCAGUGCCCAGGAGCCAAGAAGUGCUGUGAAGGCUCUUGUGGGAAGACCUGUAUGGAUCCCCGGUGAGGUAGAGUCUUCUUGCUGCACCUGUGAUGUCCCCAGGGAGGUAGGCCCCGGUGCCUGUCGCACGACCCUUUCCCACUCUGCCCCUUCUUCCUCUCAUCCAGGAGGCCCAAGCUUGAGCAUGGACUGCCUCCCUCAUGAACUUUCCAAUAAAAGACUGCUUUCAACUCCA